GCCACGCGCGCGCCCCCACUAUAAAGAGCGUGUCCCCGCGGCGGGGAGGGCGCAGUGAGCGGCGCGGCGGCUGAGGAGCGGCUCGGCAGCAGCACGGCGUAGAGGAUUCGGCGCGCAGCGCUACCGGCACCGGCGCUUCCUUCUCUUCCUACCGGUAAGUGAGGAAAAAUGGCCCGUACAAAGCAGACCGCCCGCAAGUCCACCGGGGGGAAGGCGCCGCGCAAGCAGCUGGCCACGAAGGCGGCCCGGAAAAGCGCCCCCUCUACCGGCGGCGUCAAGAAGCCUCACCGCUACAGGCCGGGAACCGUCGCGCUCCGUGAGAUCCGUCGUUAUCAGAAAUCCACGGAGCUGCUGAUCCGCAAGCUGCCCUUCCAGCGGCUGGUCAGGGAAAUCGCCCAAGAUUUCAAAACAGAUUUGAGGUUCCAGAGUGCGGCCAUCGGUGCUCUGCAGGAGGCCAGCGAGGCAUAUCUGGUGGGUCUGUUUGAAGACACAAACCUGUGUGCCAUCCAUGCCAAGAGAGUCACCAUCAUGCCCAAAGAUAUCCAGUUGGCUCGCAGGAUACGGGGAGAGAGGGCUUAAGUGAAGGCUGUUUUUAUGGUGUUUUGUAGUUAAUUCUGUAAAAUACUUUGGUUUUAAUUUGUGACUUUUUUUGUAAGAAAUUGUUUAUAAUAUGUUGCAUUUGUACUUAAGUCAUUCCAUCUUUCACUCAGGAUGAAUGCUAAAAGUGACUGUUCACAUAAACCUCAGUGAUGUUGAGCCUCGGGCUCGGGAGUGACAAGUUGCUAAUAUGCAGAAGGGAUGGGUGUUCUUUCUUGCUUCUCAUGCAUGUUUCUGUAUGUUAAUGACUUGUUGGGUAGAUAAACUUGUAAGGUACUAGAAUUGAUAUAAAUGUGUACAGGGUCCUUUUGCAAUAAAACUGGUUAUGACUUGAUCCAAGUGUUUAACAAUUGGGGCUGUUAGUCUGACCAUGCAUCACUGUGAUCAAAUGUGGACUUCCUUCAGAGGGUGAAACUUCAAGUCUUAACCACAGUGUAACUUACAGUUUCCUAAAAACGUAAACCUGGCAGCUAUAGAAUACACUAUGUGCAUUUAUAAUAGCUAUUUUAUAUAUUGUAGUGUCAACAUUUUUAAAUUAAAUGUUUUACAUUCACA